AAAGUCACCCAACACUUGGGGGAUCCAUGAAAGAUCCUAAGAUUGCAUAAGGAUCAAUCAUCCUCCAUCGCGGAUCCCAAGGUUACCCAUACUCUUGAUCUCCACCAUUUAUAGGGAAAUAGAUCCGAGGGCUAGGGAGCAUUGACUUUCCCUAUAAAUACUCCAAGGCUUGAAACCACUUCUCUACACAAAGACUUGCUUAGCCUAGUGGUAUUCCCUUUAAGCCUCUUCCAAGAGCUCCAAGGUUCUAUUCUCAAUAGAAGCAUUUUUGAGGUACCCCUUCUUUUAUUUCCAUUCUCCUUUCUUUUUUUUUUCUUUGUUUUGUUUUAAUAAUUUUUUUUUCUUUAGCUUCGUGGUGACGCUGGGCAUUACCUCGCUCCUACGGUCUUGCUCCUGCUCCUUCGUAAGUCUGUCCUUGCGUCCCCUCAGCUUCGUAUUCCCACAGGUAUGUCUCCUUCAUCUCUUCUCCCUUUUGUUUUGCAUUGAUUAUACGAGGGUAGAAUUGAUGGUCGCAUGACACUCAACCUUCAGAGUUUAGCAUUUUCUUCGCAUAGCCUUUCCAGUACUCAUACACCGGCCCUUUUCUUAUACCCUCACACUCGUGUUGUAGAUAUUGAGUCGCCCUUAUGCCUACACGCCCUCUAGUCUUAGCUUGUCCAUGGCGUCUAGGCGAUGUCCCGAAGGUCCGUCUAAUGUUGAAUUUAUUGAGUUGUCCUCCUCCGACUCGGAGGUCGACGCAUGCAAACCCUCUAACCGCGGGGGUGUGCGGGCGCUCUAUCUCAGGAGACUAUCUUACCUUAGACAUAAGGCGUACUGUCUAGAGAGGGAGCUAGAAUCCCAUCCCGGGGACGCAGGUUCUGAUCUCUUCCCCCGGCAAGCGACAUACAUUUCCCAGCUACAAUCCACCCUCCGGGAUUGCCUUUCCGAAAUUGCUUGCCUAGAAGAAAACUUGCCCCCUGAGCCUUUUUCCUUUUGUCGUGACGAGUCUCCCGAUUACGUGGAUUCCUCCUUUGAAGGCGGUAGACAUAAAUUGGUUGAGCCGGAGUUCCUUUCCAUUGUGUCGCCCGUGUUCCCUCUCCUAUCCCCUGUCCUGCGCCCUAGGGUCAAGCAAAGAGCUGGUAGACAUAGGACAUGUGGGGGAUCUUCUAGGACCCUAAGAAAGUCUGUUGCUCAUAAACUGCCUUACUUUUUCCAGGUACCCGAGAUGCCGAAGAGAGUCUUGGACACUUCUGAUGAAGUUGGAAGGUCUACCGUUACCCUGAAGAAAUUGGGCAACAUGCUGAAAGCCCAUAAGUUACCCUUGAACCUCAAGUUCGUUAUACCAGAGCGCAAGGAACGCGCGUCUGCACCGCAAAAGGGGUUCAUGGCAUUUAGUGAUGCCAUAAUCCGAUCUGGUGGAGCUCUGCCACUACACUCUUUCUUCAUCAAAGUGCUGGACUACUUUGAAUUGGCGCCACUACAAUUGUCCCCCAACUCCUGGGUGAUGCUCAGCUGUUUGUAUGUGUUGUACCAUCAGGUGUACUCUAGGGGGCCUUCCACAAGUGAGGUUCAUUACUUCUUCACCCUGAGGGAGAAUACAUCAGCCCCCGGGUUCUACCAACUCCAGAAAGUCGCGGCCCUUAAAGGGAGUUCCCUCUUGGAGGGAUCUAUUUCCAAUAGGGGGGCGUGGAAGUCAGACUACUUCUAUACUUACAGUGGGCAGACCCGAUAUUCUAGCUUCAACACCCCACGUCUCUUGGGGGUCGUUGGUCCCAACUUGAAACGGGCGGCUCAUGACCGGGUAAUACAAAUCCUGGCUAUGCCGAAGGCAUGCAAACAAGCCAGCGCCCUUUUCACAGAGAGCAAUCUCCACUUGUGCGGGCUACUGACCCCGGACCAGAAAGUUACCUUAUGCUCCAUCUCCCCUGAAUCUGAGGAUCCGCGCCCCGCGUCACCCGACUCUGUUGAUUUACCCCCAGCGGCGCCCGUACUUGAGAGUCCGUGGGUAUAUGGUCAUGAUGAAAGGAAUUAUGAUGAAGCAGACGAUAGGGACUAUGUCUACUCCCCGGGUGACCAUAUGGACGUUGAGGAGACUGUGGUGUCUGAGAACUACUCCUGCAUGUACUCUGUUGCUGGCAGGGCUAAGGGCAUAGCUGAUGACGGUCACAUUGGCGGUGCUACCUCUCGGAUGUCGCCUUUAACACCUGGCGGCGAGUUUGCCUUCGAUGCCCCUGCCCCUUGCCCCUCUGUGCCUAGAAGGAAUUUUGUCAUUCCUUCUUUUGAUGGGGUUCCUUCACCCCCGAGUGGGCCUCCAAGGUGGGCCUCCACAGGCGUCUCUUUACCCCAGGAAGCGACUCCACACUCUUCUGCCCCCCGCACUACUGCAGAUGGGUCGGGGCCUUCCCGGUCCCCCUCCUUGCCAAAGCGGGCCUCGGCAGGUACUCACGCCUCUCCCGGCCCAGCUCAUGUUUCUAUUCCUAGAGAUCAUCCUCUGGCGAGCCAAUAUGGGGGAGCCAUGAGCCAUCACUUAGGAAACUUUCCCAAAGGUGAAUGGGGGACGCUGCACGAUGUCCCUGAGGCUCAGCUAGAGAGCGCCUACAUGCGAGCCUCCCUGCAGGUAAUUGUCGCGAUACUUGGUUUAUUCAUUUGUGCUGGCCAUAUAUAUACUUUUUAUAUUUUUUCUGGCAUAUCGUCUAACCCUUGAGGCUUUGCUUUAUAUUCUCUCCCCCACACAGGCUUCCAUUUUGAGCCAUCGACUGCUUG